AAAAAGUUUGCAAAAUUUACAAAAAUAUUAGGAUGUAUCUAAAGAAAGAUACAGCUGGAUGUACCAUACAAUUUGCCAAUACACUCCCCUUAAUCAAAAAUAAAAAAGGAGAGAAGCAAACCCGGUAUAUUUUGGUGUGUGGGGGGGGGGGGGCUAUGUUCUCAUUUCCUUGGCGGUGACCGGCGAACAUACGGAAGAAAUAAUGGGAAACUCAAAAAUGUGCUUUGAGUGUUUGGAGCAGCGAAUCAAAGAGGACAUGUCGGAGCGGAUCAUCUUUUGCUAUGGCCUCUCCGAUUCUCAUCUUCCAUUCGGGUCAGCUGCCGUCGUUCGGCUAGCAAGUUCUGCCACAGAACUAUCACCUGAGUUUGUAGUCCAAUAUGCGCCGUACAGAAAAGGCGAUUGCUUGGCCAAUUUCAUUGAUGAGCAUUGUUCUGAAGGUCUUGAAUUCAGUAACAUAAACCACAAUCACAGCAACAAUGCGACGCUACUAAAAGAUGAUAUAGAUCAAGCAGAAUUCAGAAUUGGAGUUUCCGGUUCCUCAGAUAAUAACACAUCAAAUGAAUGUCAGGAUUUGCUGAAAGGCUGCGUUAAUACAUCCCUAUAUGGAUCAGAGUGUGUACUGGGCUGCACACUUUCUGGUAGGUUUUCAUGUUUCAGGACACUUACUGCCAUGACCCCAGCUGCUCGCAUUGACAUUCAUUCAUACACAUUGUUUGGAGAUCUUGUUUCCCACUUCUUGUCCGGGUCUAUUGAAGAUCAUAUUUUGUGUUCACUUACCCGACUCAUUGACGGUAAAUCAUCUGGACGUGAUUGUAUGAAUUUUUUGAGUCUUGUUGGGAUACCUUCGUUCAGCAAGAAUACCUUUCCUGGUUGCAUAAGGCAUCCCAACAUUUCCCCAGUUUUGGGACUACUCAAGACAUUGAGUCAUAUUAGUUUGGUACUUCCAAAACCUACUCAUACUCUGGAACAUGCCAUUCAUUACAGCCCAGAUGCUUUCAAGUCUGACUGGCAAUUAAAAUUUUUGAUCUACCAAUUACUUUCUGCACUGUCUAGCAUGCAUGGUUUAGGGGUCGCCCAUGGUAGACUCUCUCCGUCCUGCUUAGCACUUAUUGACUUUUCAUGGUGCUGGUUGCAAAUUGCAGAUGAAUUUCUUCUAACUUCUUAUUCGAGCUCAACAUCUGAAGCAUGCACAUCAUUCUCACACUGCUCUUUUGAUGUAUGCUUUUCACAUGGACUUCAUAGUGAUUUGCGGCUUUCCCACUAUAAAGAUUGGCAGUCAUGCUUCUAUAGAUGGUGGAAAGGUGAAUUAAGCAACUUUGAGUAUCUCCUAAUCUUGAACAGAUUAGCUGGGAGAAGAUGGGGUGAUCAUUCAUUUUAUACGGUCAUGCCGUGGGUAGUUGAUUUUAGUGUAAAACCCGAUGAGAAUAAUGAGGCCGGGUGGCGAGAUUUGAGCAAGAGUAAGUGGCGGCUGGCAAAAGGUGAUGAACAGUUGGACUUCACAUAUUCUACAUCAGAAAUCCCACAUCAUGUUUCAGACGAGUGCUUGUCUGAACUAGCUGUCUGCAGUUAUAAGGCAAGAAGAUUACCUUUGAGUGUCCUGCGAAUGGCUGUUCGUUCGGUUUAUGAACCAAAUGAGUAUCCUUCAAACAUGCAAAGACUUUUUCAAUGGACACCUGACGAGUGCAUUCCAGAAUUUUACUGUGAUCCACAAAUAUUUUAUUCCAUUCACCCUGGCAUGUCUGAUUUGGCAGUACCUUCAUGGGCAGGUACACCUGAGAGUUUUAUUGAGUUACAUAGGAGUGCUUUAGAAAGUAACCGAGUUUCGCACCAAAUUCAUAAUUGGAUUGAUAUCACCUUUGGCUACAAAAUGUCUGGCCAAGCUUCUGUUGCUGCUAAAAAUGUGAUGUUGCCUACAUCAUCUCACACAACACUGAGGUCAAUGGGGCGCCGUCAGCUUUUCACUCGACCACAUCCGCACCGUCUUGUUGAUACUGUAGGAAAUUGUGACCUGGUGAAUUGUUCAACUAUGCGCGAGAAGCUUGUAAGUGAUGUGGCAGUGGAAGCUUCAGUUUUGCAAGAACUGGAGGAAACUGCUUCAUUCUGUGAGCAUUCAAGGGUAUUAAGCCCCCUCUAUUACCCACAUUUAAAUGAUGCUAUAGAACUUGACUGCUCAGUAACGACACAAUCAAUUGAGGGUCCGGCAUACAUGGAGUCCAUGCCAAAUGGAUUUAAUGGCAACUCUAUCAUGCCUCCUUUUAUCGAUUUGAAUUACCUUCUCAAGAUUAUUGAAGUUGGUGAUGACACAUCAGUAGGAUACCAAGAGCUACUGCUAUGGAAACAAAAAACUUGUUCAAGUACUACCAAGGAUGCUUCAGAUGACAUAUUUGCAGCGGGAUGCAUUUUAGCAGAAUUGCACCUGAGAAGACCACUCUUUGAUCCAACCUCAUUGGGUGUGUAUUUAGAGAGUGGUUGCUUUCCUAUACUGAUGCAGGAACUCCCACCCGAAACUCGGGUGUUCAUUGAAGCCUGUAUUCAAAAAGAUUGGAGAAGGAGGCCUUCUGCAAAAUGUCUUUUGGAAUCUCCAUAUUUCCCCCCAACUAUCAGGGCAUCAUACACGUUUCUUGCACCCCUACAACUUCUAGCAACAGAUGAAUCACGUCUAUGUUAUGCAGCAACUUUCACAAAACGUGGAGCCUUUAAAGCAAUGGGACCCUUUGCUUGUGAAAUGUGUGCUCCCAACUGUUUAAAGUUAUUGCUUAAUCCUUUAACAAAUGUUGGGGCUGAAUGGGGUCGCAUAAUACUGACUGAACUUUUGAGGUGUCUGGAUCCAAUAGCAAUAAAAAAGCUACUUAUACCUGCUAUCCAGAAGAUUCUGCAGUCUGUUGGUUCUUCACACUUGAAGAUUUCUAUCCUUCAAGGCUCAUUUGUGCAGGAAAUGUGGGAUAGAAUCGGGAAACAAGUGUAUUUGGAGACGAUACAUCCUCUGGUGAUAACAAACUUGUCCAUUAAUCCCCAUAAGGAUUCUGCUGCAUCUGCAGCUGUUCUUUUGAUAGGCUCUAGUGAAGAGCUCAGCAUGCCAAUUACAGUUCAUCAGACCAUUAUGCCUCUCAUUAACUGUUUUGGGAAGGGGAUUUGUGAGGACGGGAUUGGCGUUUUGGUUAGAAUUGGUUGUCUUAUUGGAGAAAAUUUCAUUGUCAAACAGCUUCUUCCAUUGCUAAGAAAUGUCAUCCAUCGUUGCAUUGAUAAUUCACAUGUAAAUAAGGCUGAACCCAUCCAGAGUUGGAGUGCUUUAGCUCUAAUGGAUUGUCUCACCACUUUAGAUGGUCUGAUUUCAUAUUUGCCGAAGGAUCUGAUUGUUAAAGAGCUCAAUGAAGACGGGAGGUUCCUACAUCUCCAGGUUCUCUUGCAGGGCAAUCUAUCAAUUCAGGUGCUUGAGGUCACAUCAAGAAGUCUCAUUGCAGUUUGUCAGCAAAUUGGACCGGAUUUAACUGCAUUGCAUGUCCUUCCAACACUCAAAGUGUUAUUUGAUGACAUUGCUUUCUCCGAAGAGAAAAUAAAUAAUUUUGAAAGUGACGGAGGAAAACUAAAAGGUCCCAAUAUACAGACAGGUGAAGAAACUGAUAAGGGAAAGUACCGAUACAUCGUGUCGGUUUUAUAUCCAUCUUUUGCAUCUAUUGUGGGCAUUGAGAAACUCCGCCGAUGUUGUGCUACAUGGUUGUUAAUGGAGCAGUUUCUUUUACGGAAUUAUAACUGGAAGUGGGAAUCCAUCUCGAAGUCUUCUCAAAGUCGUGCAGAAAAUACAUAUGCUAGACGACCAACAAUUGGUGAGAGCCUUGUAUCUGACUAUGCCCCUGCUAAAAUGUUGAUCAAUGGGGCUGGGUGGUCAACACCUCAAUCAGGACAUAGAGGUGUGAAGAACGUAGUCUCAAAUAGAAUUUUGUCUCAUCAUCCUCAAGCAUAUGGAGAGAGGCAAACGAGGUGCUUCAAUUUUGGUACCCUUGAACCUUGGCAUUGGCUCCCUGGUAGCUCUGUGAGGCCCGAUCCUAGUGGCCGUUAUGGAAGCCCAAAAGAUGAAAUUCCAUGGAAAAUCAGAGCAUCUAUUCUGCAUUCUGUUCGAGCACAUCAUGGAGUUAUAAGAUCUAUAGCAGUAUGCCAAGACGAAAGUAGUAUUUUCACAGCAGGAGUUGCUGCAGGUUUCAAAGGAACUGUUCAGAAGUGGGAGCUUUCGAGGGUUGAUCCUGUUUCUGGCUACUAUGGACAUGAAGAGGUCGUGAAUGAUAUAUGCACUUUGUCGUCUUCCGGUAGAGUAGCUUCUUGUGACGGGACUGUACAUGUUUGGAAUGGACAAACAGGGAAAUUGGUUUCUGUUUUUUCUGAAUUUUCAAAUUCAGGGGAUGUUAGAAGGUCUCAAUCAAGUGCUUCAAAGUUUAAUCAAGAUCAGGCAAACACUCUCCAUUUCAACCCAUUAUCAAGCGGAAUUUUGAAUACUGCGUUUGAUAGUGGUUUGUACUCCAGUAUGCAUUACUUGGAAUAUCUUAAUAUGCUUGCAGUGGGUACCGGAAACGGUUCUCUUCGAUUCAUUGAUGUCAGCCAAGGCAAAAAACUUCAUCUCUGGAGAAGUGAGAGUACCGAGUCCAACUUUUCUUCCCUGACAUCAUCCAUAUGCGCAUGUGGUUCUACGGAAAGUCAAGUUGAUGAAACAAGUGACUUCCCAUCUUGCAUUGCAGUGGGACAAAGCUCGGGUCAUUGUAGGUUGUUUGAUCUGAGGAGUGGCAAUAUCAUUGCUUCGUGGCAGGCCCAUGAUGGAUUUGUGACAAAGUUAGCUGCACCAAAGGCACAUUUACUUGUUUCAAGCUCCCUUGAUCGGACCUUAAAAAUUUGGGACUUGAGAAGGAAUUGGACCUCGUCGCCCAUGGUUUUCAGAGGUCACGGUGACGGUGUAUCCAGUUUCUCAGUAUGGGGAGAAGAUGUGAUUUCAAUAUCCAAAAACAAGAUUGGUCUCUCUUCUCUAGGCAGCUCACAUGAUGGGCGGAAUGUUGUGGUUCCUCAGUAUCUGUACACUGGAGAUGGGGAAUCAAGAAACAUGUGUGUGUUGUCGAGCAUAAGCAUACUGCGUUUCUCUCGGCUCUUUGUGGUGGGAACUGAAGACGGUCAAUUGAAAAUUUGCUGCUAAAGUUGGGAUGAUGCCAUGAAAUAAAUUAGACUGAAGAGUCAGAGCACACCCCACUGCUCGUGGGUCAUCAAUGUAAUAAUACUAGUAUUUAACCCGUGUAAUGCACGGGGUUUAGCAGUUUUUUGUCAAUUCUAAAUUUUUUAAGAUUUCGUUCUUUUGGAUUAUAGUUCUUAGGAUAUGUUUGGUUGAGAGAAAUAUUUUUGCAAAAAAAUUCCAAUAAUUUGUUAUGUUACGUUGCAUAAGUGGUAGGAAAUAAUUUUUUAAGAAAAUAUUUCUCUUAGAGGAGAAAAUAACUAUCAGUUGUUUUA